AUGGCUCAUGUUUCCCCACCUCACCACCCCAAAGACUUCGUCCGUAUAUUGAUUACUAAAGGUGCAGGACGCCUUGGAGCGAAGGUGGCAAGAUUGGCCGCCGUUGGAGGCAUGCUGGGGCAAAACCACCGUGUUCGGCUUCAUUUGCUUUGUUGGAUGAUCUAUCGGAGACCCUGGAAGGUGUGGUAUCUACGGGCAACUAUGAAGAAGCAUGCCAAAGUAUUUAUUUUGCAAUACUCAUUGCACAUUUUUGGAAAACGAACACCGAUGUCAAGAUUCAAAGCAAUGGAGAAAAAAUUUGGAAUUUAUAGAGAGAUAGCUCAAUCUUUAGGAGCUCAUGCACACCAUGAGUGCAAGGUUUUACUUGUCAGCCACCCAGCCAGCCUUGAGACAGUGAUUUUCCAGCAAUUCGCACCACAAAUCCCUCUAGCAAACAUUACGAGUCUUAUUCAAGCCGAUCAUGACAGGGCGGUAGAUCUUAUCGCUGAAAUGUUGCAUGUUGCGAGGGAACGUAUGCGAAACCUGAUUAUGUGGGGAAUCAACUCAUCUGUUCAGCAUAUGGACAUUAAUCACAACACGGUCGUCGAUAACCUGGUCGGGCCUCCGGAUGCUGUGCGCAUCCGCCUCAAUGAUGAUGCUUGGAUAAUGAAUGAACUCAGGAGGAAUAUUUGA